AUGUUUGUAGACAAAAAAACAGAAAAAAAAGAAGGUGAACAUAUUGCUGAUGCAAUUCAUGAACUUCAUGUACUCUAUAUGAGAUAUUUUUCACUAGAUGACCAUUGGCAACCUACUUUUGACCGUUCUGGAGAGAGGGCCCAUUUGCUUCAACGUAUGGCAGUUGUUGUCGAUCAAAUUUUAGCUGCUGAAAAUCGGCCAGAUUGGCUUCAUCCUGCAAUGUUUCGUGGUCCACUUGUAUCAGCAGUUUGCUCUUUGCCACCAAUUGCUGGCAAGGAUACGAUUUUGAUGCCAGACUCACCGGAUCCAAGAGAAAUUUAUUGGUCAAAAUUUAGUAUAUGUAAUCAUUCUCGACCACUCGAGAGCAGACCAUUUAUGAUACCACUACAGUAUUAUCCACCUGAUUCGAAAUGUAUUACAAAGACAAGAAAGAAAAAAGAAAAGUUACCGUCUUCAGAAUUUACCACUAGCAUUGAGGAUAACUUUAAUACUGAUCUUGAAACUGACGUAAUGAUGGCAAAUCAAACUAAAACGUCUUUACCACGUGUAGGUCGUUUACCAAACGAUAAAUUCCGUGAUGCGAAUCAAUACCAAGUAGAACAAUUUGUGGGAGAAAUAUUACGCUCACGUGGCUUACAAUUUAACCGAAUUGACGAUAACAGCGCGCCCCAAGCAUAUCUUUAUCCAAUUCCAUCAACUGAUGUCUUGAACUGUGGUUGA